CCUUGCGGUUAGCAGCCCAGCACAUAACCACCAGGGCUCCUUCCCAGUGAGCGCUUGGGAGGGAUGAAAAAGAAGCGUUCCGGGCCUAGUAAAGCCACCUAAGAAGCCACCUUCGGGGUCUCCUGAGGGCUGAAGAGACCAUCCUGCCCUCCGGGGAAUGGCUCCCCCAAGGUCAUCCAGCCGCUCAGGGUCAGAGGAGGUAUUUGAACCCCAGCCCAGAAACGCAAAGGCUGACUUCCUUUGCCAAUGCCGCCUCCCAUGGCUUGGGAGUCAGACGCAUCUCUGAGCUGCACCUUCUUGGGCAGAUUCCCCCCUUUCCUGCAAGAUGGUGCCAUGAGCCUUACAUGGGAGGGUGCCAAGUGACAGGUGCCUGGCACCGGGGAGCUUGUCCCCUCCCAGCUUAGUCCCAGGAGAGGGAAGCGGGUCCUUGAGACAGGCUUAGGGGUGAGACCCUGGGCCAGCACCACCCGCCCUCGUCUGCUGCAUGGGGUGCACGGUGCUCAAUAUCCCCGCCUUCAAGGGCAGCCAUAACAGAAGGGGUGGCUUCAAAGAGCACGUGCUUUCCUUUUGCAGAGCUGGGGGUAGGAUUGGGACCCGUCCUCCUGCAGGAAGCGCGAGUGCUCAGUGAUUACGUGUUUGGCUGUGUACCUGAGGGUCAGCAGCUGGAAUCCACACCUGCUUUGCGGGAGAAGGAUGUGGCGGUGGCUUCUGCACGGAUGCAGUUAGUUCUCCAGUCGGCUCGACUGCUGCAGGCUUCUGGGAGGGGGACGCACUUGGUCCAGGAAGGAACCACAGCAUUUGCCGUCCUGCUGCAGAGCAUCAGCUGGCCUGGGCGGGCAGGGGCUCCCCAGUCGCUUGGUCCCACUUGCUCAACACAAGGCUGCCUCCUUGUCUGCCAAGCCCUGGCUGUGGCACCGGAAGCUGGAAUCUGACCCAGUGGCUGGGCCCGGUCGCCAUGGCAGCGUGGCUUUAUUACUGAGGCCUCCACCCGGCCGGCUUGGCGGACUUUCGACUUGAAGCAAGGAAGAAAAGCAGCCCCGAUUGCUGGACUGAAAGCAGGCACCCACGGGUGGCACAAGGUGACCAGGCGGAAUGGCCAAGUUUCUGUCCCAGGACCAGAUUAAUGAGUACAAGGAGUGCUUCUCCCUGUAUGACCAGCAGCAGCGAGGGAAGAUCAGAGCCUCCGACCUGAUGGUGGUGAUGAGGUGCCUGGGGGCCAGCCCGACACAGGGGGAGGUGCAGCGACACCUCCACACCCACCACAUAGACAGAAACGGAGAGCUGGAUUUCUCGACUUUCCUGACCAUUAUGCAUACGCAAGUCAAACAAGAAGACCCGAAGAAAGAGAUCCUGCUGGCCAUGCUGAUGGCUGACAGGGAGAAGAAAGGCUACAUCCCGGCCUCAGAGCUGCGCUCCAAGCUCACGAAACUGGGGGAGAAGCUCACCCACAAGGAAGUGGAUGAACUUUUCAGGGAAGCAAAUAUUGAACCAAAUGGCCACGUGAAGUAUGAUGAAUUCAUCCACAAGAUUACCCUUCCGAAGAAGGACUACUGAAGGGCUGAGGGUCAGAGCACCUUCCCUGAGCCUGGAGGCACAGAAAGAUGCGCUUUCAAAUCCACUUCAGGGAGACAGCAAACGCAGCAGCAAGAUGACAAUACACAACUGGAGCAGAGAAUCACUGGCUGGCAAUGGAAGGAAAUCGUUUCAGCUGUAGUAUUAGCGUGUCUUUAAUAAAUGACUUUUAUUGAUUUUAAGAAC